CUGACGUCGUUGCAGUGCGGCUUUUAUAUGACACGUCAUCGAUCCGCGACGCUUCUUUGUAAACAAGAACAAGAAACCACCCGUACCAAAACAGAGACGAGAGAUGGAUUAAUACAUGGAGAAUCUAGUUAAGGUGCACGGUGGGGGCGGAUAUGACUCUGAUUUCAGUGGUGAUGAUGAUGAAGGCGGAGGAGAGUCGUCUCUGCGAGGCAUUAAAAGGAAACGAGAGGAUGAGAUCCUCCAGAAGCCAUGGCAGAAGGAGAGGCACUCCAAGGUAGCGCAUCGCAGCUUCCACAGCAGUGAGGUCGACAGAGAGGAAGCCAGAAACAGAAGAGCCCACCUGAUCUCUCUUAACGCUUUUGAGCGUCACAAGAAGUAUGUCAGCGACUACAUCCUCUACUACGGAGGGAAGGUGGAAGACUUGAAGCGCUCAACGGAGAAAGACAAGACCGACCUGGAUGUGGUUCGAGAGAACCACCGGUUCCUCUGGCGGGAUGAAGACGAGGAGGAAAUGACCUGGGAGAAAGCACUGGCCAAGAAAUAUUACGACAAACUCUUCAAGGAGUACUGUAUCGCCGACCUAAGCAGAUACAAGGAGAACAAGUUUGGCUUUCGAUGGCGAACUGAAAAUGAGGUUGUGUCUGGAAAAGGUCAGUUCCAGUGUGGGAGCCGCCGCUGUGAGAAGGAGGAGGAGGUGCUGAAGAGCUGGGAGGUGAACUUCUCCUAUGUGGAGCGAGGAGAGAAGAGGAACGCCCUCGUCAAGCUCCGCCUGUGCCCCGAAUGUUCCUUCAAACUCAACUACCACCACAAACGCAAGGAGGUGAAGGUGAAGAAGAAGGAAGCCAAGAGGAGUUCGCUGGAGAACCAGGAACCAACGAAGAAGAAGGCCAAGAAAGGGAAGAAGAGUAGGAGGAGGUCCAAGUCGUCUUCGGGCUCCAAGAAGCACAAACGUAAAGGCCACAGUAAAUCCAGAGGGGAUACUUCAUCCUCCUCUGGUAGCGCGGAAGAAUCCCAGGACUCAGACAGAGACGCAGAGGCGGCGGACGAGGCUCCAGGCCAAUCGGAUGCGGAGCACUGGCGAGGCCCCGCCCCCGCAGUGGAGGAGAAGUCGAGGGAGGACGAGUUUGACGACUAUUUUGAGGACAUGUUUCUGUGAGCCCGCCGGCUCAGCCCCACCCACCCCACACAGCCCCUCCCCAUCACGGGCCCACAGACGGGACCCUGUUGGGUUCUUUGGUUGUAUUUCUGUUUUUUGUUUUUUGUUUCACGACAAUUAAAGGCGGCUGGCUUUUACCGUCCCCUACCCCACCCUCCCCAUCAUCUUGUGGCAAACUUUGACAUAAAUUCCACAAAAAUAAAAUGUGAGGAUUUAUUUUUCAUGCAACUAACCGUUCUAAUAUUGGCAGAAUUGCGAUUUUCAUUGUCUCUUGUACGACAACAAAUGUUCCUGCAACUCAAAUCUAAUUCUGUAGAAUCGUAAAACUUUGAUGCAAAGCAUUUGAUAGUAACCCUCUCAUUCUAAGAAGGAGGUGUGUGAGUUCUGGCCGUUCCCGUUCUAACUAUAGUUGUGUGUGUUCUGGUCAAGUUCUAACUCGAGUUGUGUGUGUUCUGGUGCCGUUCUAACAGAGGGAGGUGUGUGUUCUGGACGUGUUCCUUAACCUAGUAACAUAAAAUAUAUUUGUUUUUGCAUCCCCUCAACACUGCCUGCAGAACUCUUAUGCACGGCAGGAGCGGUUUAAGACGGAAGAAACCUCGCUCAGUUUCUGAAAACGGCUCAGAGAGAAGGGACAAAAUAGAAAAUGUGGAUGAUUAUCAGGCAACAUUCUAGUAAGUUGUUGUGGUAAGGGGAACGGCCAGAGAAACCAGGGUUACUCCGGGACAAGGACAGAUGGGGAUCCUGGCCUGACUGCGUGUGGUUAGGAUUAACCUCCCUGUGAGCUUGUAUUAGGGUAAUUGCUUUAUCUUUCGUCCUCCUCUUGGCCUUGAUUCUGUUUCCUCACCUUACUUUCUUCUACUGAGGGAGAACCUGUGCUUCCAUCCCCGUGACUUUACCCCUGAGGGGGUAUUGAACAGAACCCAUUCAGACAGUAGUUUGGUUUAAAUAGGUCCUGACUUGUUCUCCAUCAUCAUGGUCACUCAUGCUAAAGUACUUACUUGCUUUUAGUAAGUGCUAAAGUAAGUAAGUAGUUUUGUUUUCUUCAAUACAAAGGCAUAUUUGACACAAGCACGAUCGCCCUUUCUAAAUGGCUGCAGUGGGUGCCAGGUGAUCUCACAUUCCAUUGAAGCAAACCCCAUCACCUUCCUUUCAAUUUGAGCCAAUUACGUCCAAGUAUUGUACAACCACCAGGGUUUGAGGCCAUCCCUUUGAUUGGGCUUGGUUUGGUGGGGCUUUACGACCGGACAACGCAGUAUUGAGGCCGGCGAUCUGGAGCCAAUCGGCUUUCAGGCACGGCUGAUCCUGCUUAGGCCCAGCUAAGAUCACCGCCUGGCCGAUGACUCGACAUACACACGCGUGCACACACUCGUACGUUUCCUUUCCUUUAUUUUGUAUAUACAGGUUACAUCUGAUGAAACAUACGUUAAUGUACAGCGGCGGUCAGCGAUGUGGAGAUAGCGUUCCUCUCUUCAUGCCGUGGCACCAUUACACAAACCAACCCAGCGUUGGGUUUGAAUUCAAACUCAUUCUCCCCUGAUCAGAUGUUUAUUUACAUUUAUAACUAACCAGAGAUGCUUCAUUUGAAAUUUGUGCGGAAAAUGUAAUUCCCUGACAACAAAACAGGUGUAUGUAUGUAGCUUGUCCUAGGGCACUUUUAAAACGUACCAUUUAAAAUAUCGAUAUACUCCUAACGAAUUAUAAAGACAAAGCCUUUAGCAGUUUGGCUCACUUGCGUCCAGAACAUGAACACAAGCUGGACUAGAUACACAAGAUAGCCUCAAAGCCAUGGGGAUAGGAUUAGCCUCUGAUCGAUGUCCCGUGGAUUAUAGUGGCGGACAUGUUGCAUAACUCCAGGGGGUCAAAGUCGCGUAAAAGUCGCAAAUCCUCCUUCAGUCCUCUAGACCCGCAUUUGUUGUGGACCAAAUGUUUUUUGUUUUACAUUUACAUUAUCUCUUUACCGUCGCAACGGGUUCAUGGUUCAUCAGACUGAAAACAAACAGCCUGUGUGAUCGCGUAAUUAGGUCAUGAACUGUGCACUGCGUGAGCAUAAGCAGGCGCUACUGCAGGAACAAGCACAGGAGCCAUCGCCAUGCACAGACAUGACAGGGCUGGGGUUAGGUCAGCCCUUAUCUUCUCUGCAGGAAGGGUAUUUAAAGCCUUAAGCUGGGGUGGAUCUCCAAAUUUAAUCGUAUUUUCUUGAGCUACACAGCCCUCCUGUUGCUUGCUAGACCUGUUAGCUUUGGACACGUAAAGCUCCGUUUUAGUCCACGUCUAUUUGUCCACAUUUGAAUGACUUAUGUUCGUAUGUGUGCCCAUGAUGGAUAUUUAACAAUUGCAAAGUAUUAUCUCUCUUUUUUUCACUACAAUAUUUGGAAGUUCAUCAUAUACAUUUAAGUACAAUUUAAGUAACAAUUACAGAAUUGAAGUUUAGACUAACGUGCAUAUAAAUUGUAUAUAUGUAUAUUGCAAGUUAUUGUAGUCCUGUCUCAUUAUCUGCUUAACAAUAUAGCAGAAAGAAAAGGUUAGCAAGAACCUUACAAAUAAAUGUGUAUCUUGACCUGACCUGAAUAUCGCUACCGAUUUGGAUCAACUGUCAAGCCCUACUGG